AUGACAGAUAUUUAUGGAGAACCACUCCCAAACAUGAGAGUCAGCAUGAGAGAAAGCCCAAAUGUUUCACCUCGGAAAAUGCAGUGGGGGAAUUCCGGCCUGGGGUUCAGUAUUGCUGGAGGAACAGAUAACCCUCACAUUGGGGAUGACCCUGGAAUAUUCAUUACUAAGAUUAUACCAGGAGGAGCUGCAGCAGAGGAUGGAAGACUCAGGGUCAACGAUUGCAUCUUGCGAGUGAAUGAGGUUGACGUGUCAGAAGUCUCACACAGCAAAGCCGUGGAGGCCCUAAAAGAGGCUGGCUCCAUAGUGCGAUUGUAUGUUCGUCGAAGGCGACCUAUUCUGGAGACCGUGGUAGAGAUCAAGUUGUUCAAAGGACCUAAAGGUCUGGGGUUCAGUAUUGCAGGAGGGGUUGGAAACCAACACAUCCCUGGGGACAACAGCAUUUAUGUCACCAAGAUUAUUGAUGGAGGAGCUGCACAAAAAGAUGGGAGGUUGCAGGUUGGAGACAGACUUCUUAUGGUAAAUAAUUACAGUUUAGAAGAAGUAACCCAUGAAGAGGCAGUAGCAAUACUGAAGAACACAUCAGAUGUAGUGUAUCUGAAGGUUGGAAAGCCCACCACCAUUUACAUGACUGAUCCUUAUGGCCCACCAGAUAUUACUCACUCUUAUUCUCCACCAAUGGAAAAUCAUAUACUCUCUUCCGGAAACAAUGGCACUUUAGAGUACAAGACAUCCCUACCCCCUAUCUCACCGGGAAGAUACUCACCCAUUCCAAAGCACAUGCUUGUGGAGGACGACUACACCAGGCCUCCUGAACCUGUUUACAGCACUGUGAACAAACUGUGUGAUAAACCACCUUCUCCUAGGCACUAUUCCCCUGUCGAGUGUGACAAAAGCUUCCUUCUUACAGCUCCCUAUCCCCACUACCACGUAGGCCUGCUCCCUGACUCUGAGAUCACCAGUCAUUCCCAGCACAGCACGGCAACCCGUCCUCCCACAGUGAGCUUGCAGCGGACCAUUUCUGUGGAAGGAGAACCUCGAAAAAUCAUCCUGCACAAGGGCUCCACAGGACUUGGUUUUAACAUUGUGGGAGGAGAAGAUGGGGAAGGCAUUUUCGUGUCGUUCAUCCUAGCAGGCGGGCCUGCGGAUCUCAGCGGAGAACUGCAGAGAGGAGAUCAAAUUUUGUCUGUGAAUGGUAUUGAUCUUCGAGGUGCUACCCACGAGCAGGCUGCAGCUGCGCUGAAAGGAGCAGGGCAGACGGUAACAAUCAUAGCACAAUACCAGCCGGAGGGUAAACUGAUUGGCAUUUAUUACCUACGGAUGAGAAUGAUGGCAAAGCGUGAGAGAUUAAAAACAAAGCAUGCGCUGUUUAAACAGAGAGGGACAAAGAG